AUGACACCGUUAUUGUAUAUAAGUACGUUUGGUGAUUCCAACCACGUGCCCCCUGAGCUGACGAGCUGGAGUUUUGUGCCGGCAGUUAGCGAGAAGGCGUCUCCGGCGCCGCGGCCGGGCCCUCGCGGCGUCCAGGUCGUGGACACUGGGCCGGACCAUACGUUCGUGCUGAACGAGGAGGCGCUCCAGGAGCUGCUGCUGCGGGAGGAUGUUCGCGACAGGGCGGUGGUGGUGCUGUCGGUGGCGGGCGCGUUUAGGAAGGGCAAGUCGUUCAUCCUCAACUGCUUCCUGCGCUACAUGCACCACAAGUACGGUCCGGGCGGCGGCGGCGGCGAUUGGCUGGGGACGGAGGACGAGCCCCUGCAGGGCUUCAGCUGGCGCGGGGGCUCCGAGCGGGACACCACCGGCAUCCUCAUGUGGUCGGAGGUCUUCAAGACCACGCUGCCCAGCGGCGAGAAGGUGGCGAUCAUUCUACUGGACACGCAGGGCGCCUUCGACAGCGAGUCCACGGUGCGUGACUGCGCAACGGUCUUCGCCCUAUCGACGAUGCUCUCAUCCGUACAGAUCUACAACCUCUCGCAGAAUAUCCAGGAAGACGAUCUGCAACACUUGCAGCUGUUCACAGAGUACGGCCGCCUGGCGCUCGAAGACAGCGGCCGGACCCCGUUCCAGCGUCUCCAAUUCCUGGUCCGCGACUGGAGCUUCCCCUACGAGGCGCCCUACGGCGCCGAAGGCGGCCAGGCCAUACUGCAGCGCAGGCUUCGGGUGUCAGACAAACAACACCCUGAGCUGCAGUCACUUCGGAAGCACAUAACCUCUUGCUUCUCGGAGAUUGCCUGCUUCCUCAUGCCUCAUCCGGGCCUGAAGGUAGCCACAGACCCCAACUUCAAUGGCAGACUGUCAGACAUCGAGGCGGAGUUCAAGCGCGCCCUGCAGCAGCUAGUGCCAAUGCUGCUGGCUCCAGACAACCUAGUCCCCAAACUGAUCAACGGGCAGCGGGUCAAGGCCAAGGAUCUGCCCCAGUACUUCAAGUCCUACAUGAACAUAUACAAGGGCAACGAGCUGCCGGAGCCCAAGAGCAUGCUUGUGGCAACGGCGGAAGCGAACAAUCUUACAGCAGUGGCGGAGGCAAAGGAGGUGUACACGACGCUGAUGGAGGAAGUGUGCGGGGGGGCGAAGCCCUAUUUACAGACGCUGCUACUAGAGGCGGAGCACGCUCGAGUCCGCGACAAGGCGCUGCACGCCUUCCACUCCAAGCGCAAGAUGGGCGGUGACGAGUUCAGCCAGUCCUAUUGCGAGCAGCUGGUCAACGACCUGGAGGAGCAAUUCCAGCAGUUCAAGGCACACAACGAGAGUAAGAACAUCUUCAAGGCGGCGCGGACGCCGUCCGUCUUCUUCGCCAUUGCGAUGUUCUUCUACGUGCUGAGCGGUAUAUUCGGCCUAGUCGGAGUAUACCCAUUCGCCAACCUCUGCAACCUCGCGAUGGGCGUGGCGUUACUAACCCUCGUCAUGUGGGCCUAUAUCAGGUACAGUGGAGAGAUGAGGGAGUUUGGUGUCACUAUUGAUGACACCGCCAAUUGGCUAUGGGAUAAUCUGAUGAAGCCGGCCUACCAGACCUGCCUCGAGAAGGGCAUGGAGCGAGCUGCUGCCGCUGCGGCCGAGCGCACUCUGGGCCCCCCCACGCCCAGCGCCAACGGCAAGCACAAGCACUUG